GCCCACAGGAGAUGACAACAACAAAACAGAGCGAGCGAGGCUGUUAGCCUAGUUAGCUCUUCGGUAUAAACAACGGUUAAACCCAGUGGCUGAUUGUUACAUCACCCAGGGUUGGAUAUUAGAACCAUUAAACCUCUUUUUAAAACGACAAUGCUGCUCACGAUCACUAGUCCUCGCUCACAAUGACUGUCAUCAACAGCCGCGCCUUCAAGCUAGUGGUGCUAAGUUAGCUCUAUGUUUGCCAAAGUAACGCGACUGAGCUCGCUUGCUAGCUUGUUAGCUAGCCCACUCGCCUUAGCUAAGGUGGAGACCAACAGCGGGAGAUGCGGAUAAAGUGAGGGUGGCUUUGAAAGACUAAAUGAACAAGUGCAGAGACCAGCGGCCGAUUCAACAUGAAGUUGUAUGUGUUCCAGGUUAACAAUGGCAGCACGCUGACAUUUGACACCGAUCUCGCUGUCCAAACUGUACUGGAGCUUAAACAUGCCAUCCAGGCGAAAUAUAAGAUUUCAAUUCAACAUCAAGUCCUUGUUGUCAAUGGAGGGGAAUGUAUGGCUGCGGAGCGACGUGUCUGCAGCUACAGUGCUGGCACUGAAACCAAUCCCAUAUUCCUGUUCAACAAGGAGAUGAUCUUGUCCGACCGGGAUCCAACCAUUCCCAAAACCGCCUUCUCCAUUGAGAGUGAGAUUCAGGUGAAGGUGGAAGAGUCGCUGCUGAUGCCAGCUGUCUUUCACACCGUUGCCUCUCGAACACAACUCGCUCUGGAAAUGUUUGAAGUUGCCAACAAGCUUAGCUCGUUCUGUGAACGUUUGGUUCAUGACGAACACCUCCAGCACCAAGGCUGGGCCGCCAUCAUGGCCAACCUGGACGAUUGCACGCUGUCCUACCAGAAGCUACUCGUGAAAUUUGACACGGCCUACUCCACCUACCAACACAAUCUGGAAGAAAUUAAGUUUAAACUGACAAAGCUGGGAACAGCGGUCUCCGUGAUGGCCAGGAUACCUCUGCUGGAAUGUUUGACGAGACACAGUCAUCGAGAGCACACAAAGAAGUCCGCCUCCACCCCGGAGAAAGAUUCCGACGAGACGGAAGGAGAAAAAUCCACCGAGUCGGUACUAUGUGCCCAAGAUGCACAGCGGGGCCUCAAGCUACGAGGUUCAACCGAGACGUCCAAAAGCGAAGGUGCUGCUGAGAGAGACCCACGUCAAAUGAGGGACAGCGGAAUGCUUCGAGCCGCGCUGCCGGACGAAGACAUCCCCAUGUCUGACGACAUGCCCCAAAUCAAUGUCACACUGCUGGACUGGAUCAACGUGCAGGAUCGACCUAACGACGUCGAGACUGUCGUUAGGAAAUGCUUCGAAUCCAUUAACAGGCUUGACCCGCGGCUCCUUCAACCUUUCCUAGCAGACUGUCGCGACACCAUCACCAAAUUGGAUAAUCAAAACAUGAAAGCGAUCAAGGGGCUGGAGGACCGCUUAUACGCGCUCGACCAGAUGAUUGCGAGCUGCAAGAAGCUGGUCAAUGAACAAAAGGAACUUGCUCAGGGAUUUUUAGCCAAUCAGAAGCGGGCUGAAAACCUGAAGGACACAUCGGUUCUGCCCGACUUGUGUCUGAGUCACACCAACCAGCUGAUGAUCAUGUUGAACAACCACAGGAAGCUGCUGGACAUCAAAAAGAAGUGCACCACUGCCAAACAGGAGCUCGCAAACAACCUUCAAGUCCGACUCAAAUGGUGCUGCUACGUGAUGCUCCACGCGGACCAGGAUGGCGAGAAGCUUCAAGCUCUGCUGCGACUCCUCACUGAGCUCCUAGAACGGGUGCGCGUGGUCGAGGCCCUCAGCACGGUGCCGCAGAUGUACUGCUUGGCGGUGGUGGAAGUCGUCCGGAGGAAAAUGUUUAUGCGACACUACAGAGAGUGGGCCUAUGCACUUGUGAAAGACGGCAAACAACUGUAUGAGGCAGAGAAGUUCAAAAGGGAGAACUUUGGGAAACUCUUCAGAAAGUCUUUCCUGAGAAACCGCUUGUUCCGAGGGUUCGACGCGUGGCCUCCGACAUCGUUUUGCACACGAAAACCGCGACGAUUCGAUGACGAACUCCCCGACGUCUCCCUCGAUGACUUGCAGUACUUGAAAUUGUGCUGUCCUGUGGAGGUGCAGCCUUUCCUCAUGGUCCCGACAAUGUGCGACUUUGAUCCCUUGAAAGAGCACACGGAGAAGCUCCAUAAGCUGGUCCAAGCGACGCAGAGUUUGGACGACAUGUCUGAAACCAUCACGAACAUGCUGAGCGAACAAAGGGGGUCAUGUAGCCAGAGCACACACAGCGGGUCAACCGCUUUAACGCCUCAGUCGGCAGCGAGCCCGCGUGGCCAGGCCACAACCUUCAACGCUCCCGCCUCUCUCAGCCUGCAAGGAGCCAGCUCGCAUCCGCUCCACGUUACCGCCCCUUCCGAGGACCUUUCUCCGGACAGCAUCGACGCGCAGACCUUUGACUUUGAGACCAUCGGCCAUCCCAACAUGGAUGCCGUCAUGCAGCCCGGGUCCCUCGACCUGGAUUCCCUGGCAGAGAGCCCCGAGUCGGACUUUAUGUCCGCCGUCAAUGAAUUUGUGAUCGAGGGCAACCUAACCUCCCCGAACCCCAUCAGUGACCCGACCAGCCCCGAAAUGAUGGUGGAGUCUUUGUAUUCAUCCGUCAUCAACGCCAUUGACAACAAGCGCAUCCAGGACACCACAACCCUGGAGAGGGAGAACUCGAGAAUCGCCGAGCUCCAUCGAGCCAUCAACAGCUACCGAUCGGCCGCCGAGGAGUCCCACUCCAACCUGAGGUGCGUGAAGGACGACCUGUGUCGGCUGCGAAGUCAGAUCUCGAAAGAGCAAAACGACUUUGGCUUCGCCCUGAGGAGUGUGAGCUCAGAGGUCCGCGACACGGUGGACAACAUCUGCCAGGCGCUUGAGCUGGAGCUGAAAGAGCAGCAUCGGAGCGAGAUGAUGGCCGUUCGGCAGGGGUAUGAGAAGCAGGUCCGCUCGCUAACUGAGGACAACCGAGUCAACCAGAAUAUCGUGCGAGAUGUCCAGCGAGCCAUGCUGGACCUCGAGAGGCUGAUGGAGCGCAAGGAAACAGAACUCACCCAGCUGGAGGGCGACAAGGCGCUUUGGCUCCAAACAGAGAGCGACCUGAGAGAGAAGAUCAACACGUCGGAGCAGCUGCUGAGCGACCGAGAAGGCGAGUUACAGAAACUCUUGGCUUGUAGGGACUCUCUGCAAAGUCAGCUGGAGAAUUUGCAUUUCCAGAUCGAACUUGGCCAGCAGAAGAUUAGGCAGGAACUGGAGGCUGAGGCACAGGCGCACUUGACGGAGCUUGAGGACAGAUUGAAGGCGGAACACACGGCAGAGCUGGGUGACCUCACCAAGGAGCAUCAGGAGGCUUUGGAUCAGGUUGCUGCUGACACCAUGGCCAAGCUAAAGGAAGCAACAGAACAGCAUGACAGUGCCCUCAAAGAGAAGGACCUUCAAAUAAAAGAUCUCGAGGCUCGCAAUGCUGAGCUUGCAGAGCUGCGUUGCAAAGUGGAGAUGGAGUUGGCCCUCAAAGAGACAGAAAUCCAGGAGGCGAGGCUCCUACUAGAGCAGACCAAGAUGCAGCAGGCUGAGGCGGUGAGUUCCCAGGUAGCGGCCCAGACGCAAGUACUCAACGACGAGCUCGCAAAGAUUAAACAAGAACUCCAGGUGAAAAAUGAGGAGUACAAGUUGGACCGAGCCCAGGUGAAGAGCCUCUUGAAGAUUGAGAAGGACCACUGCAUCUCGGAGCUGGUGGAGAGACACGAGAAGGAGAUGGCUCUGUUGCGAAGCGAAUUCUCGGCCCUGCAGCAGCAGGCUCAGGAUGCUGACAGGAGCCACACAGACCGAGUGAAGAACCUCAAGCAAGAGUUGGACCAGCAGGUGUCUGCUGCCAAUGAAGAAAAGGAACUGCAGUUUAGGAAUUUCCAAGAACUGGAGCGAGACUUGAGAACCGCGAGCAGUAAUUUGCAGGCUGAAAACCAGCUUUUACGUAAAAGGCUCGAGGAUGAAGCCUCCGACGAAGCGUUGAAAGUGUUGCAGCUUCAAAAUGAGGAGAUGCAAAAGAGGCUGACCGACCGGAUUCGACAGCUUGAGGAUGAGCUUCACAACAGGCCGUCGUUAGCAAGCGACGCCGGGCUACCCUUGUGCGCCGAGAGCCGCGCAGACGCUCCUCUCUCCCUGGACUCGGCUCUGCAGCAGGAGAGGACCUCCCUGCACACCCAGCUGGAGCUCCUGGAGAGAAGGAAAAACGAGGAGAUCCAGAACCUCAAGACCUCCCUGAUAGCCGAACAACAGACAAACUUCAACACUGUUCUGACUCGCGAGAGGCUGAAGAAGGAGCAAAUCAUCAACGAGCUCACCGAAAAGCUGCAGAGCGUCACCCAGCAGCAGGAGAAGGACAAAGCUCUGAUAGAAACGCUCUCUGAGGACCGAGCCAGCGUGAUGCAGGAGAAGAAGCACCUGGAAGAGGAGCUGAACCGGUUGCGCGGCACCGCCCUGGCCUCCUCGGCCAUCUUUGUCGCGCACGACGUCAGCGGGGCGUGCUCGUCCGUGGUCGUGGCCGACGGGGACAGACUAGCCUCGGUGGCCACCUUAAGGGACGACGGGGACGUCGACUCGGCUGUGGAGGCCAGCAUGGUGACAGUCCAUGACAACAUCUUGAUGUCUGAGGAAAAGCAGAGGAUACUUCUGCUUGAGAGGACUUUACACAUGAAGGAGGAAGAGAACAAGCGGCUCAGCCAAAGACUGAUGUCUCAAAGCAUGUCUUCUGUGUCCUCGCGGCAUUCUGAAAAAAUUGCCAUCAGAGAUUUCCAGGUAGGCGAUUUGGUUCUCAUCAUCCUGGAUGAAAGACACGACAACUACGUGCUUUUCACUGUCGGCCCGACGCUCUACUUCCUGCACUCGGAGUCACUUACGGCGCUGGACCUCAAACCAGCCUCGGGGACAUCAAGGCGACCGUGGGUGCUCGGAAAGGUGAUGGAGAAGGAGUAUUGCCAGGCUAAGAAGGCCCAGAACAGGUUCAAGGUUCCUCUUGGAACCAAAUUCUACAGAGUCAAAGCUGUUCCGUGGAACAGAAGAGUAUAGUAACCGUGUCAGAAAAUGUAGCCAUCAGACCGCACCCUGAAGACAUAACAUUUCACUUGAAAGUAAAAAAAUGUCAGCAUCAUGCAAUUUUUAAGUCCGAAAGCUCCAUCUGCUCCAAGUUCUGUUUUGUUUGUAUUCAUUUCAAGUUAAAUUUGGGUUUGUGGACCAAAUGCUAUUAACAUAAUAAUUAGGGCGUGGCCCUAGACACUGUGGCAUCAAGCCACAUGACCUGCGUGUAAAAACAGAACAAAAUGUAAGCGGCAUUAGUUCUCAGCAUUAUCAGCAUUUGUGGAAAAUACUGUCAUGACUAAAAUAAUUAAAGAAAGAAAUAUAUACAUUACAUUUAUUAUGAUUCUAAAUGUGUAUGGAGGAAUGUUCAUGGCAUGCAUAUUGAUAUGUUUUCUUUGAUUUGAGUGUCGUAGUGGCAAAAUGUAGUUGUUCCUCACAGCAAAGCAGUCAGGUCCUCUUGUGAAUACUGACGUGUAUAUUAUUAACGCUGAGCUGAGUGGGGGGGGGGGGGGGGCAAACAAGUCACCUUUGCAAUCCUGAAAAUGCACUUUGAGAAAAAAAAAUGAAACAGUCAACCAAAAAAAAAAAAAACGGAGCUGCCGUGAUUAUUAUUAUUACGUCGAUGAUCAUGCACAAACCUUCUGGUAGAAAAUGUAGAAAGGAACCGUGUGUGACCGUGUUUCAUGAGGAGACGUCAUUGUACAUCGGCCAUCAGAUCUCACGUGUAAUAAGAAAAAAGAGUGUAUUGCAAAAGAAGAGUUUUGAAACAAUAAAGGAUGGAUCCCAAA